AUGACGUCAUACUUGAGGAAAGAAAGGGUGCACGCUUUUGGUGUCGGGGAGAACUCAUCACGGCGUCUCAUCCGAGGCAUCGCGUCAGCGGGUAGAGGGCGGGCGGAGUUUAUCGCCACAGGGGAACGCAUGCAGAGUAAGGUGAUGACCGUUGUCCGUCAUGCUCUCCAACCCACCAUCAGUGACAUCACCGCAGAAUGGAUCUUACCAGCCGGCAUGGAGCUCAUCCAAGCCCCCAUCAACCACCACCAUGCCCCUAUCAGUAGGGGUGAACCCAUCGUGAUAUACGCCCUCCUCUGCGACACCGCCCGGUUACAGAGCACCCUGGCGUCAGUGCUGCUCCGAGGUGACUCCAUCAAGAGGACCAACCCGUUCCUGGAUCACACCCUGUCCAGGGGGUCAAGCAGUGAGAGGACGGAGGAGAGUGUCUCAGCUGGGACCAAUAAUACAGGAUCACCUCUCAAGACUGCUAGGCAGAAUAGGGACAGGGAGCCACCACUCCCCCUCAAACUACAGAACCUACCCCAGAAGUGCCAGUCCAACGGUCUACUCUGCGGCUGUCCUGAUGUAGGAGAUGCCUGUGAAGUUCACUCACAUCCAGAAAGCAACAACUCUACAACUGACCCGGCUCAACAGCGAGUACAAGAGCUCUCCACAUCGAGACGAACGAGGGCAGUAUCAAUGCCAGAUAAUUCAUUAGCUGCAGACCCGACGUCCUUACAAAGAUUACUCAAUACAUUAGAUGCUGCAGACAGGAGACAAUCUGAAAGUCACCUGAAUGGAAGGAGACGUCACCUAAGUGGUCAGCGUCAUGACCGCUCUCACCUCAACAGCUUUGACUUUGAACCAGCCAGCCCUGCCUGGGAUGACUACAUCGAUGCCGAAGGGGAAGAACUCUUUGAUGCGGACGUCCAGAUGUCUCUGAGCAACGCCGUCUUGAUGGAUGACGGCGAGCUAAUCAACAUCGCUAAUCGGUCUGGGCAGGGGUGUGUCAUCGUGACGGGGCUGUUCUGCGGUCGUCCCAUACGGUGUGAGGUGCCCUUUGAUAUUACAACCUUGGUGUCUGGGGAGUGGAGGGGGCCGACGGAGGAUGAUGAUGCUUGGGAAGAGACGAUACAUCAGCUAGCUGCUGGAUGCCUGCUCAUGGACUAUGAUAUACAGAGCAUGGGAUACCUCAUGGAUGAUGUUCAUCAACCAUCGACAGAUGACAUCUUCAAGCUUCGAAGCAAGAUGGUGGAUCUGAGCCAAGCAAGUCAUGUGAUUUGUCGUCACACAGCCUUCGUCUCCCUAGAUUUGGAGACCCUAGAACCCCUGCCAUCACCAGUAGUUAUCAUGCCUAGCCAACCCAAGGCGGCGCAUCCAUUCCAGCGACGAGCUGCUCGUUUCUGGGGCUACAACGUGAUGGGCAAACAGUAUUCAUCAUCAUUCACCGAUUCAGAAGACGAGGCCUUCUCCUCUGGAUAUGGUCUGGAUGGUCAAUCCCUGGACCCCCCUGGACCUCCCGGGGGUCUAGGCCCCCAUUCUCCGUGGUCCUCUCAGUGUAGUGGAGACUUCUAUGCAUGGUCCUUUGAGAAACCAUAUGGGAUAAAUCCUGCUUCAAAGCCACGUUCCUGGCAGCUAGGUUCUCGUCUCAAUCGACUACGAUCAAGACUCAGCAACAGUCCAUCAAAGCGCCCUCUAUUCCGUGCAGUCGAUGUGACGGAAUUCUGUGUAGGAAGAACCCUCAGCAUGGAAUGUGUUGAACUGCAUGCCUUAGUCAACCUUCAACUUGCCUCGGGGGCAUGGGAGUUGGACUAUGAGCUUGCGGAAGCCAUCGACAUCCCACUGGAAAAGUUAAGACGUGCCUGUCUGUUCUGCGAUGUGCCUGUGAACUAUGAAGCCAUGAUUCCGAACGCGAUCAGUCCGCUGGCUGGACCACACUUGAGAACUUUUUACGCCGGUAGCUCCCAAGGAAGUAGUCUUCAGACACCAGAUGUAGAGGCAAGCGUUGAUAAUUCGAAGUGGAGUGCCGAAGCCCCUGGCAAUGAGGCAUCAGCUGGUGUUAGUCCACCAGAUAAUGCAAGCAUUAUAUCAGAGUCGUUGUCCCAGUCAGAGAGUGGGUACAUCACUGUGAAGUCGACUUCUUCCCCAGAGGAUUCCCACCCAGCCCGACCGGCCAAUGGGAACGCACGCCAGGACUCCAACACGCUCAAAGCAGCCAAUCGCAGGCCAGAAUCUCUUGCGAGCGUUCGCUCACUUUCCCCAACUCCAGCCGGUGCUGCGGCCAUGCGAGGCAUCCCUCUACCAAAGAAACUGGACAGCGUGACGGCUGCCAAUUUCAGCCCCAGUCGUAGGCGCCGCGAGAGAUUCGCCGCCGUGCAGCAGCUUCGGAAAGAGAUGCGCCAUCUGUCGCCAGACGAGUCUCAGCAGCAGAGGCUGUGGGCCACAGCUUUAGCUCUAGUCUGGCUGGAACAUAACUGUGCCUCAUUCUUUAAUGAAUGGGAGCUACUGGCUGCUAAGGCAGACCAUUGGCUCAGUGAGCAGCCAAUACCAAGUGCCAGCGGGAUAGAUCUAGCAGAACUCAAAGCAUCUGCAAGACAACUUAUCGUUCUCUCAAGGAAAUAUUAGACACUGGCUGAUUGAGCAAGGUAUCCAAAGUGCCAGUAUGUUAAUGUCAUAUUAAAUCCAUCUUGAAGAAACUGUUUGGGUGGUAUUCUCGAAAGCGGACUAUACUUUAGUCCAUGGUUUAAUCCAUCAACUAAGUAUGAAAUGCCAAGUGUCCUUAUGAAUAUGUUUUUGAA